AUGGUCGUAGUGGUCGCUCACUUGCUUACAGGUGAGACUACGCCUAGCGUCCAUUUGCUUGCACCCAACUCUCACCUGUGGUUCCAAGAAGCUGGGCUCUGCUCAGCGGCCACACCCCGGGCAACCGUCUCGGCCGGCGGGCUAAACCAGGUGAGGGGGCCCUGUGCGCUUGUGCCGCGUGCACAGUGUACUGCGGACUCCGCUGGACGUUUGGUCGGAUGAAAAACUGCGCCGGCAUCGUCGAGACGAGGCUCUGUCUGGUACGCCGUUGGACAGCUGCUGCCGGGACGGGUCUCCGCAUCGCCUUCGCUGAGACGCACCCACCUUCGCCGACGGAGACCGCGGACUCACGGCAUAUGCGGUCGUUCUCCACUAAAAACAUAAAAUUCGUGGCCCCAUAGUGGGAUUCGGUCGCGCCAACCAGGCACAUGGGCAGCCCGAUUCAGGGGCGGCACUGCCUGCCCCCACGAGGGGAAGGGCCUAGAAAAGGUGGCCUAAAAAGGCUGGGUACCACGCCGUCUUCAGGCUAGCCAGGGCCGCAGACGCCUAAUCAUGGUCGAAAUACUCAAAAUCGAAACAACAACCAUACUCAUUCUCCUCAUCCUACCUCUUCUACCUCUUCCUCUGCCUAUUCUUCUGCCUAUUCUUCUCCUUCGUCAUCUUCUUCUCCACCUCCUUCCCGUCGCCCCACUCGUUGUCCUCAGACUGACAGGGUGUGCCCGCUCACUCUGGCAGCCUGGAAUGUUCGUUCCCUUUUAGGCAAUCCGAGUAGCAACCGACCGGAGCGGAGGACGGCUCUAGUGGCACGAGAACUCGCCCGCUACAAGGUGGACAUCGCCGCACUCAUCGAGAUCCGAUUCUCCGAGCAAGGCCAACUGGAGGAGGCAGGUGCCGGCUACACUUUCUUCUGGAGUGGUCGGCCCAGGCCAGAGCGACGAGACGCGGGCGUCGCCUUCGCCAUCCGGAACGACAUCGUGGGACGACUGCCCAGUCUGCCGCAGGACAUCAACGAUCGCCUGAUGAGCCUCCGCCUGCCUCUCUGGGGAGGCAAAUUCGCCACCAUCAUCAGCGCCUACGCUCCGACCAUGACCAACCCCGACGCCGUCAGAGACAAAUUCUACGAGGACCUGCACGCCCUCUUGGCGACUGUGUCGAAGGCGGACAAGUUGAUUGUCCUUGGUGACUUCAACGCCCGCGUCGGCACAGACCAUACUGCCUGGAGAGGAGUGCUGGGUCCCCACGGUCUCCGCGGCUCAAACGACAAUGGUCUGCUGCUUCUCCGCACCUGCACAGAACACAGCCUCAUCCUGACGAACACGUUCUUCUGUCUGCCGGAGCGAGAGAAGGCCACCUGGAGGCAUCCUCGGUCGCGUCAGUGGCACCUGCUGGACUAUGACCUCGUCCGGAGGCGAGAUCAGCGGGACGUGCUGGUGACGAAGGCGAUCGCAGGUGCUGACGGGUGGACCGACCAUCGCCUCGUCAUCUCGAAGAUGCGUAUUCGCCUACAGCCUCGCAGGAGACCACGAGGUAAGCGACCCCCAGGUAAGCUGAAUGUUGACUUGUUGUCUUUGCCCGCUCACCAUCUUCAUUUCAGCAAUGAGCUAGCUCAAAGGCUGCCGACGCCGCCGCUGCCGAGAACCCCUCCGUGGAGAACCGCUGGUGUCAACUGCGAGACACGGUCUAGUCGACGGCACUCGCCGUCCUCGGUAGCGCUCCCCGCCAACAUUAGGACUGGUUCGACAACAACGGCGCCGCCAUCAGAAAUCUGCUUGCUGAGAAGAACCGCCUACACAAAGCCUACGUAGAUCACCCCACUGAGGACAACAAAGCUGCCUUCUACCGCAGUCGCCGACAGCUUCAGCAACGACUGCGCGAGAUGCAGGACGCCUGGACUGCUCGCAAAGCUGAGGAGAUCCAAGGCUACGCGGACCACAACGAAUGGAAGAACUUCUUCUCUGCGAUCAAAGCUGUCUACGGUCCGCCGACGAAGGGCACUGCUCCUCUCCUCAGCGCCGACGGUAGCACUCUCCUGACUGAGAAGACACAAAUUCUACAGCGAUGGGCCGAGCAUUAUCGAGGCGUCCUCAAUCGCCCUUCCGCCAUCUCUGACGCCGCCAUCGAGCGUUUGCCGCAAGUGGAGACCAACGUGGGCCUCGACCUCCCGCCAUCUCUCCAGGAAACCAUCAGGGCCGUGCAGCAGCUCUCCAGCGGGAAAGCACCCGGAUCGGACGCAAUCCCUGCUGAAGUUUACAAGCAUGGAGGUCCCCAACUGAUGGAUCACCUGACUGCGCUCUUCCAAGAGAUGUGGCGUCAAGGUGAAGUCCCGCAAGAUUUCAAAGACGCAACCAUCGUGCAUCUCUACAAGCGCAAAGGGAAUCGCCAAGUCUGCGACAAUCACCGCGGCAUCUCCUUGCUGAACAUCGCCGGGAAGAUCUUCGCACGAAUCCUAAAGAUGUACAAGGCCGUCAUCCUGCCGACCCUACGGUAUAGAGCGUAGACUUGGACGGUGUACGCAAAGCAGGCACGCCGUCUGAACCACUUCCACCUCAGUUGUCUUCGUCGCAUCCUUAGGCUGAACUGGCAGGAUCGAAUCCCCGACACUGAUGUGCUGGAACGCACGGGAAUCCUCAGCAUAUACGCCAUACUGAGACAAAUGCAGCUGCGCUGGAGCGGCCACCUGGUGCGCAUGGACGACGAGCGACUACCCAAACGACUCUUCUACGGAGACGUCGCGACGGGUUCUCGCCGUCAAGGAGGCCAGAUUCGCCGUUACAAGGAUACCCUGAAGUCCUCCCUGAAACGUCUGUAA